ACGGGUCGGGUCGGCGGCGCGCCUGCGCGGGUGUGGAGCGGAGCGAGGGCGGGCGCGCGCGGCCGCGGUGUGAGGCGCGGGGGAAGGAGCCCGGCCCUGAGGGGAGCGGCGGCGGCGGCGGCGGCGGCGGCGGAGACACCUCGCCCAGCCGGUUGCGCUUCCACCGGGGCUGCACGCCCGGUCCCACAGCCUUCGUUGUAGGGGGGGUGGGGGGCGGAAAGCGGAAAGAAAGCGAGUGAAGAGCGGUCGCGGGUCCCGCCGCGGGGAGCGGAGCGAAGCGAGCGCGGGGCGGCGGCGGCGGCUCCUUCAUCAUGUCGGCGGGCGGCGACUUCGGCAACCCGCUGCGGAAAUUCAAGCUGGUGUUCCUGGGCGAGCAGAGCGUGGGGAAGACAUCCUUGAUCACCAGGUUCAUGUAUGACAGCUUUGACAACACCUACCAGGCAACAAUUGGCAUUGACUUCUUAUCGAAAACCAUGUAUUUGGAGGAUCGAACAAUCAGGUUGCAGCUGUGGGAUACUGCGGGUCAGGAACGUUUCCGUAGCCUCAUUCCCAGUUACAUCCGUGACUCUGCUGCUGCUGUAGUAGUUUACGAUAUCACAAGUAGGUAUAUUGUACGGUUGCAAUUAUGGGACACAGCAGGUCAAGAACGGUUCAGGAGCUUGAUUCCUAGCUACAUUCGUGACUCCACUGUUGCAGUUGUUGUUUAUGAUAUCACAAAUGUAAACUCGUUCCAGCAAACAACAAAAUGGAUUGAUGAUGUCAGAACGGAAAGGGGCAGUGAUGUCAUCAUUAUGCUGGUGGGAAAUAAAACAGAUCUAGCAGAUAAGAGACAAGUGUCCAUUGAGGAAGGAGAAAGAAAAGCCAAAGAGCUGAAUGUAAUGUUCAUUGAAACUAGUGCAAAAGCAGGAUACAAUGUAAAACAGCUUUUCCGACGCGUGGCAGCUGCCUUGCCUGGAAUGGAAAGCACACAAGACAAAAGUAGAGAAGACAUGAUUGACAUAAAACUGGAAAAGCCUCAAGAGCAGCCUGUCAGUGAAGGAGGCUGUUCCUGCUAAUACCAUGUGGCUUCUACCUUUCUCCAGAACAUCACUGCUUUCCCUCCCUUUACUCUUCAUUGACUGCAGUGUGAAUAUUGGCUUGAACCUUCCCCUUUCAGUAAUAACGUAUUGCAGUUCAUCAUCGCUGGCUGUCUCGUGGAGAUGAUCUAUUAGCUUCACAAGCACACACACACACACACACACACAAAGAAAAUGUCAGUGUCUUCAUUAUUUAUAAGAAAAAAAAAAAAGCCAAAAUAUUCCAGCAUAUUCUAGUUAUAACUUUAAAAAAAAAUAGGUACAAUUUCUUAAUAUUUGUUCCUUUUUUAAUAUGUUAUGAUAUUGCACUUUGAAAUGAUGGAAACUGAGUAAGUUUUGAAUUGGACUUAGACGAGAUGUAUGUGCAGAAGAAUGCUCGCAAAUCUUACCCAUUUGAUUUCUCUAACGAACUGGAAAUGACUAGACAGCAGUCAGAAAUGCAAGCGGAGGUGGCAUAUGCCAAGGGUUAAAUGCUUAUCCUUACAAUAAUAAAAAAAUUAAAACCAGGCUCUUAAUCUUUUGAGCAGAGAUAGUCUGACUGGUUUUCAAACCCCCAGUCAUUUUCGGAAACUAACCUUAGCGGGGGUUUCGACACCACGAAAGGCUACUGGAUUUUUUAGUUCUUGCAGAGGCAACGUGAACACAUUUCCAAGAAAGAAUACUGAGAAAUACAAAGUGUCUUUCUGAACUGGAUGAAUGGCUUCUGGAGGAUUUGGGGGGGGAAGGAGAGGGUGGAUGUGCAUUAGCAAAACACUUGCAGGAAACAGGGAAAUAUGUUUCGAGUGCAAGAUGAGUUUUAAGAGCAAUUUUUUUCUUCUUUUAUGUAGAACACCAAUGAAGUAAAUUGUUACUGCCCGAGAGAUGGGAACGUAAUGUUUUCAGCUGUUUGGAGGAGAAAGCGGUUUGCUUCUUUUUUAGGGGAAAUAUUAAGUGAAUUCAGGACUGGCACUAAAACCUGCCGAAGCGGAUUGAAACCUUUUAAAUUUGGCAUAAAGAGGAAAGAGCAGCUGGAUUACCCAGUGGAGAUGCUGUGCUCACAGGCCAGUUCACGGCUGGGAGAGAGGGGGUGACGGAAAGGGGGAGUCGCUCCCGCUUUUCUGUAGCGUGGUCGUAGGUCGACUGGGGAAGAGGGUGUUUACUUUGAUCAUACAGAAAUCUAGUUGAGAGAUCUUAGAUGGAAAGGAAGGGAGUUUAAUAGGAUGGAAACCAACUUACGAUUAUGCAGAUUUAUGCCUUUAUUUUUUAGCUUUUUUUUUUUUUAUGUUCAGUCUUCCAAGUUGGUUUAGUUUGGUUCACUAGAGCUGUAUAGUUUGGUUAAAUAAGUAGUAAUUUAGUUUUCUAUUUAACUAGGCUUACAAUUAACCAUUUUUCUUUGAUAUUUAUUUCUUUGCUUAAUUUUUUACUAUUUUCAGUAAUUAUGUUUUGUUUUGCUGAGGAAUCCGUUUAGAGCUUUGCUGAUGUUGCGAGAUGUAGCUACCCGAGAAACACGGAAUCGAACACACUAGAAGUGCACCCUUUUAAUCUUUACUAGUCAUUGUGAAGUUGCUGUGUAAGUUAAUAAACACAAUUGUAAAUACAUUGUUUGCUGGGCGAAUAUGGCUGAGUUACAGUGCAGGAAGGAAUUCUUGAGUCUGUGUUGCGAUUGCUACGUAAAUGAACAAUUGCAAGCAAAUAUUCAGGCUCCCCCUUUGUUCUCUUCUGCCCCUCUACCAUCUAAAAUAACCAACCGGGGAAGAGAAAGGGAAUCGUCCUCACCACCACUUUCACCAGGAAAUGGGCAUAAAAGAUUUGGAAUUCUUCAUUCCUGAAAUGAAUGCUAGACUCGUGCCCUGCCCUGGGUUUAUAGCAACUCUGCACAACAAUAACUUAAAGGCAGAAUGAGAUGUAAAGUGCUUUUAUAAUGCAAUAUUAAAGGCGAGUUUUUUUGACGUGGCAUGUCUUGAAAUAAACAUCAAUGAUAUGUGACAAAGGAUCAUUCUUUAUUUAAAAGAAACUCUUGGGGGGAAGGAAACCUGGCUGCUUUUCCUGUAUUGUACUGUUCUUAACUGUGCAAAAAUGGUUCAUCUUGCUGCUUUUUCGUUUUGGGUUUGUUUUGGUUUUGGGGUUUGUUUUUUUUUUUACCCCUUUGGUUCUUCAUGCAACUUACGUUGGUCAUCAUUUGGCUGUUUUCCACAAGCACAUACUUUUUUGCCUCUGAUAUAACCAAACCCCUACGUUUCCCAUAGUUACAAGCUUUAAGCACUGGAUUUGCAAGGAGCUGGCUUAGCAUGUACAGGUUAUGAUGGACGAGCAGCUCGGCUGCUUUUAAUGGAAGCUGCUUGUGGAGAGUGGCUGCAUGUCUGGGAGCAGGUUUGUUCAACGGGCCCGUUGUAACUUGCUCUAAAAAAAGGUCUAGAAAGGAGCGUGUCCACAAGCUCCGUGUUCAACACAGCCCAGUGGUUGCAGGAACAAGGACGAGUCGUCAGUUGUUUGGCAUUUACCCCCAGGAGGGCCCUGAGGUCUGCUCAGGACAGCCAGGUAUGUUUUAACGUAUGUCCUUGCUGAUAGUCAGUGCUUAACGUGACUACAGGACUCAAUCCUGUCCUAAUCCCGGUUUUCCAGAGAAAACACACUUCCAAAGUGAGCACAGGAGCAACACAGUCUUUAUUUUUUUUGCACCAUAAUUCCUCGCUCCAUCCGUCUAUCAGGUUUUAGGUUUUAAUUUUCUUUUGCUCCAUCGACAUGGCCGGUAGAACCAUGGGAACAGACUUUUUUUAAUGAUGAUUUUGUAAACAGUGAAGGUUUCUGCUCUGUUUCUUUUCUCCUCCCCACUCUGGCUUGAUUGUUGUACAGUACAUUAUGCAGCUAUUCCAUUACUCACUUUUUGUCUUGAUACAAGUAGUUGAAGAAAUUGUAUAAGGGGAAAAAGGUUCCUUUUCUUCAUGUUGGAAUGUCACUGGUACCUCAGCUCUGUUUGAUAAUAUGAAACAACAACAACAACAACAAUCCUUAGCGCUUGAACUAAAUAAAUACCUGUCUCAUUGGAAA